AUGGAAGUAAGUCCGACUCAAUACAAGGUGAUCGAAGCCGUCUUGAUGACCACACUCGGCGGUGUCGUCGGAGCUGUUUUCGGCGGUCUAUUAGGAAGGGUCACCUCCCCACGAAACCUAGCCGUCUCACUGAGCCGAAUUCAGCAUGCUCGUGUCUGUGCUCGGGAAUGUUCAGCAUUUGGCGCUGCACAGUUGGGUAUUUAUUCCAUAGUGAGUGGAAUCAGAGGCAAAGAUGAUCUUACGUCUAAUGUGGUCUCAGCAUCAGGUUCUGGGGCGGUAUUAUCAUUUAUGAAACAAGGUUUGAAAGGACAACCUUCCAACGCACUCUCCCACGCUGCUAUAUUUGCUGUUAUUUCAGGAACAGCGUAUAAGGUGAGUGAGAGAAAGAAAACGCGCAAUGCCCAAGACGCCUUUUACACAGAGGCAAGAGCUAUGUUAUCGAAGCUAGGCCUUGAGGAAUACGAGAAAAACUUCAAGAAAGGACAUUUCACUGACUGCACCUUGCCACUUCUAACUGAUAGUGUCCUACAAGAAGUUAACAUUCCACCAGGGCCAAGGCUUUUGAUACUAGAUCAUAUCAAGAGGUACAAUAAGAUGGUAAAGGACAAGUGA